GGAAUUCCUGCGAGCGCUGCGCCUUUUCCCGGCUCCCAACUCAGUUCAAACAGGCAACCCGGCAACCCCCCCCCCAAAAAAAAAUACCCCCUCCCCCCUCAGCAACAAGUUGCAAAAACUUUAAUUCCCCCAAUUUUUUUUUUAAAAAAUCAUGCAUUUAUAAGAGUUUUAAAAAAAAAUCCUGAGGAGCAGGGAGAAGAAAGAAGAUCCAUCGAAGCAGCGGAGUUGGAGAGAGUGCCUGUUGUGUUGGGGGGUGGGAUAGAGGCACCGGACCCCGCCGACUUGUUGCAAAUCCCAGCGCCUUCCCCCUUCUCUCCCUCUCUCUCUCUCUGAAUUUUCUCUUUGUUGGGCUCCAGGCCUAAGGCUUGGGGAGAUCCAGUAUCGCCAUAGAUUCCAACAAUUGGAGCGGCAGCGAGAGUCCUGCCGAAGACCUGGACAGGAUGACCGACUCUGCCGAUAAGCCGAUGGACAACGACGCGGAAGGGGUGUGGAGCCCCGACAUCGAGCAGAGUUUCCAGGAGGCACUGGCCAUCUACCCACCAUGCGGGAGAAGGAAGAUCAUUCUCUCAGACGAAGGCAAAAUGUAUGGUCGCAAUGAGUUGAUAGCCAGGUACAUCAAGUUAAGAACAGGGAAGACACGAACCAGGAAGCAGGUGUCUAGUCAUAUACAGGUGUUAGCAAGAAAGAAAGUUCGGGAAAUUCAAGCCGCCAUUAAGGUGUCUAGUCACAUUCAGGUUCUUGCUCGAAGGAAAUCCCGUGAGAUUCAUUCCAAGCUGAAGGAUCAAGCAGUGAAGGACAAAGCACUUCAGAGCAUGGCAGCCAUGUCUUCAGCGCAGAUUGUAUCGGCCACGACUAUCCAGCACAAGUUGGGGCUGCCGGGAAUCCCACGACCAUCGUUUCAGGCAGCGCCUGGGUUCUGGCAUAGUGUAAUACCCACGGGACAACCAGGAUCGUCACAAGAUGUGAAGCCCUUUGCUCAGCAAGCCUACACAGCCCAACCCGCAGUCACAACAACGAUUUCAGGUUAUGAGUCCACAGCUGCCCCAACCCCCUCAGUCCCUGCGUGGCAAGGCCGUUCCAUUGGGACAUCAAAACUUAGACUUGUGGAAUUCUCAGCCUUUCUGGAACAACAGAGAGACCCGGACUCGUAUAACAAGCACCUCUUUGUACAUAUUGGACAGACCAACCAUUCCUACAGUGACCCCUUGCUCGAAUCUGUGGAUAUUCGCCAAAUCUAUGAUAAGUUCCCAGAGAAGAAAGGUGGCCUUAAAGAACUAUAUGGAAAAGGACCUCAUAAUGCCUUUUUCCUAGUGAAAUUCUGGGCUGACCUGAACUGCAAUAUUCAAGAUGAUGCAGGAGCAUUCUAUGGUGUCACAAGUCAGUAUGAGAGUUCAGAAAACAUGACAAUCACUUGCUCAACCAAGGUUUGCUCCUUUGGGAAACAAGUAGUGGAGAAGGUAGAGACUGAAUAUGCAAGGUUUGAGAACGGGCGUUUUGUAUACAGAAUAAACCGUUCCCCCAUGUGUGAGUAUAUGAUCAACUUCAUUCACAAGCUCAAACACUUACCAGAAAAGUACAUGAUGAACAGCGUAUUGGAGAAUUUCACUAUUUUAUUGGUGGUGACAAACAGGGAUACACAGGAGACACUUCUGUGCAUGGCCUGUGUGUUUGAAGUCUCCACCAGUGAACACGGAGCGCAGCAUCACACCUACAGGCUCAUGAAGGAAUAAGCGUGGAUAUUUCAUUCCCUCUCUGGAGAAAGAAAAACACAGCUGCAAUUGAAUAGACUUAAAACCUCAAAACAUGUGGCAGUGCCUCAAAUCGAUUGAUACACCCAUAACACGUCUGAAUUUCUGAUGUGGUUAGCCUUUUAAUGUGUGUAUGAGUGUGUGUGUGCGUGUGUGUAUAUACAUCAGGAGCUGUGAAUUAUGGUACCAUGUGAUAGGUUUUUAUAUUGAAUUAUCUGUGCUUCAAGAUUUUUUUUAAAAGACAAAUUACCUGUUUGAGUUACUACAUUGGAAAAAAUGGGACUGUCGUGUCUAAAUUUUGUUUUAAUAAUUGUGGGAGCAUAGUCUCUUCAGUACAAGCUUUUCUGUGUCAACAGAAAACAAGAAAAAAGACAGGAACAUAAUGAUUGUAGACACAAUGCAUUUAACUGUGGAAUGACUGCCUGCCUUUGUAAAGAUAAUUUAUUUAAAGAGUUUUUUUUCCAAAGAUGGUAUAUUCACAGGUAUAUAUUUAUCAACAUGUGAAUAUGCAGGAGAUGGCGUCAGGAUGUAGUUCAAGACUUCAGGUCAAGAAUUAUCGCAAUGCUGGUGAAAGAAUGUCAGUGAUUUCAUGGUCACCAGGUCUAUUUGCUUUCAGGUUUCCUUAUUCUUUUUUUAAACACACACACACUCCUUUUAUUUUUACAUACAUACAUACAUACAUAUAUAUAUGUAUGUAUGUAUAAAAAAUCAUUGGUCUACAUUAACCAAACAGUUUUAGGAAAUCCUACUGCAAAGCAUGCUCAUCAGGUUUAGUUGAAUGCGACCUUGUCUCAGUGUGAAAGAGUGCAUAUCCACAGUGGAAGUAUUUUGGAGAUUAGGACUGUAAUGGGAUUAGAUCAGCUUUGGCCGAUUGAAUUGGUACUGUCCACUGAUGCCAACGAAAGGUGCACAUGCUUUUAUUUAAAAGAAAAUUAAUUUGUAGAAAGGUUUUAUUGCUUUGUAAACUUUUGAUUGAGAGACGUAAUGGAUGUGUGGCUAACUGGUCAUUUAGUAGAAGGGAAAUGACUUCCAAAAAGUUGAGUCCUGGUCAUGAGAUUACAAAAAAAAAUUCAUAGUUUUGCCACACUUAAAAUCUUGUCCACUUCUCACAGUAAUAUUGACUACUUAACCCUUUCUGGCCCACGUAGAAAUCUCAGCUGAGUUCCCAGUGAAAGUCUCCAGGCCAUUUGUUAGUUGUGUAUGUGCCAGCUGUAUCAUUUCAGUCAUCUGGGGGAAGAUGAGCUUGUCUGAUACCAAAAUAAAAUUAUGACCAUAUCACAAGAAUUUAUUAUAAGAGUGUACUGUGAGUUAAGAAACAGCAGUGACUUUUGUAUGUUUCUAUAAUUCUAUUUUGUAAUAGUGUUUGGAGAUUUACUUUUUGGGGAAAAAAGUGUAUUUUUUUGCAUUGGAAGAAAGUGCAUCUUUAGAAAAACCAUGGGAGUUAAUUCAAUACACGCAGAUCUGGUCCCAACGUAGGCUUGUCAUGCCACUCGCUGUAACUGAACCCUCGUGGUUUGUGUCCUUGAGUGGGUGACGAUGGUGGUGUGUGUUUUGAUGAAAUGAAAGAAACUGCCAGCAAGAAUUCAGCAGCGUUACUUCCAAGUGAGUGGGGGACAUACAGUGCCUCAAUGUCCUGACCACUUGGUUUUUCUGAGAUGCAAGGGGUCUUGCCUGUUUUUUGGUAUGUGUGUCUGUGUGUGUGUGUGUUUCAACUUUUGGUACUGCGUGUGUAACAGCUGUGGAUUUCCCAUGUUACUUGGCAGGUAAGCUAACUGUCAUGUAACAAAACCAGCUUAUCGUGUGUAAUUUCUACGACUUUUAAGUUUGAGUUUCUGUACGUUGAAAUAAUCUGCAGUGGCACAGUCACUAAAUGUUCAUUUUGGGGGAUUUGAGGAGAAAAUGCCAUGGUUUUAAAGUAUUUGUCUUUACACAAAUGUGUAAAAAGAAAACACUAUAUUGUGAUCACUGUUCAUUGUAAGAAAUUAUUGAAACCCAAAUAAGAUGUUACUGAGGCUGUGAGUUCUUUACUAAGCUGGAAGUUAUCAGUAACUUUUUUUCAGAUGUAAUUUUAAUUCAGUGCUGCCAAAGCGUAGAUUAAUCAGUGCCUUAAUAGCGUACUAUAGGAAGUUACAGUUCAUCUGUAGAUCUGCAUAUUUUAAUUGGAUAAUACUGUGCUUUGAGAACAAUGUUUAGUCUUGUGAUUGUUCCUGACAACACGCGUGUUGCAAACAAUGAAUCUGAACACACUUGAAAAGCAUUUUGAGAAGUAUUUUGGUAAAGUGUGUUAAAUUGUUAUGCCAACUAAACAUCAGUGAUAAAACAAUCACUUCCAAUUUGGUCAAACGAGGACCCUGUUUCACGGUUUGGAUUGGAAUGAGCACAGAGCGCAAGAGUAGCCAGCCUUUUCAACACAUGCCUUUAACAACUAAUGACCAAAUAACAAUCUUCAUACAUCUCCUGCACUCCAGCAAGUAAGUGCCUUUGUUUUUUGAUAUUCCAGCCUAGAAAAGAUCUGUUCAGUCAAAUGAAAUAUAAAUUGUAUGCAGAUCAGAAACCAAAUAAAACAAAAAGUGAUCACCUUUAAUGCCUUUUACUGAGUACUGCAAGCAAAUUGAAAUAGGAUAAAUCUUGAAGGUGGCAUUUUUGAAGCUGAGACAGAUUCAUAGAUACAACUGAGGUUACACAUUGUACAGCGGAAGCAAAAAAAAAGAUAAAAAUUAUUGUAAUUGUUUAUUUUUUUAGGGGAUGUUAUAGAGUUUGAAUCUUGGUGGAGUUUGACUAUUGUAUGACAAAUCGUGAACAGUUGUUGGCUAAACAGUAACCUUAAUACUGUGUCAGCAUCCAACUUACACGCAUACAGUGCCUGUGGUUUUUAGAUUAAUGAAUACUGAUUAAAUUAUCCUUUUAAGAAAUGCGUCAUGCUAGCCUCCAACGUGAUAAGAAGUUCGAAUUAAAUUUUGGGUUUGUCUUGUACAAAAUUAUAUAGAAUGAACAGCAGAGAAAUGGGCCACUUGACUUGUCUCCUUCCUCCUGGUGUCGAUGUCCCACACAAUCCUCCUCCCUACUUGAUGUUCCCCAAACUCCCUCCCCUCGCCUCUAUGGGCAUCUUUUCUCCCAGUCUCCCCCUUGCAUACAUUCUCACUAUUAGCCUUGCUGAUCCCACAAAUCAGUGAGUUCCACCGAUCUCUGGCAGAAGACAUUUCUCUUGAACUCCCUGUUGGAUUUUGUAAUGACUUCAUAAUUUUGAAUGCCUCUGUUAAAUCCCACCUUGUCUAAUCCAAGCUUCUCUCCACCUAACCUGAGGAACCUAUCCCUGGAACUCGUCUCAUUCACUUUCCUCAGUUACAGUGAACUGAUGGUGAAGCCUUUGGUCUUGGUCUACCUUCAGUGUCCAUCUCUGGGAUAUCCUUCCCCGUGUACAGGUUGUCUCCUUCCCCGUGUAAAGGUGGCUGCAAGAUCAUUCCACCUAGGCCUUUGUCAGGCCCAAAGGUGCACCCAUUACCUUGGUGUUCAGCUGGCCUUUUAUUCUAGAAAGUUCUGGCUUCUUUGCAUUUAUAUCAAGUCUAUGGCAUGAGCCCAAAAUUUGAUGGCUGUAUAUAGCUCAACACAAACCUCCCUUCAAACCCUCCUGACCUAAUCUAUCCCCAGCAACAAACAACGUGCUGGUGGAACUCAGCGGGUCAAGCAGCAUCUGUGGGAGGAAAGGACUUGUCAACGUUUCAGGUCGAAACCCUGCAGGUGCUGCCUGACCUGCUGAGUUCCUCCAGAUUCCAGUGUCUGCAGCCUCUUGUGUCUCCAAUCCAUCCCCAUCUCUCUCUAGUUUUCCUUUGAAUGGAUUUAACUUGGUUCAACUACUCCUGAUGGUAUUGAGUUCCACAUUCUCACCCAACUCUGGGUGAGGGAGGAUCUCCUGGAUCUGUGUUUUUACUUAUGAACCUUGCUGAAGAUCUUUUCUGGCAACCCUUUCAGACUGUUGCAUAACUUGACAAGUCUGGUCGGUAAAACCUCUGCCGUCUCUUUUCUAAAGAUUGACUAUGGUCAGUAGGUGACUGAUUUGGACAGUUCUAAUGUGGUAGGGAAGCUACCCGAGGAUUUGGUGAAGAGUUUUGAAUGUUGACCUUGGAACUGGGAGCGGAGGUUGCCAGUGGAACAACUGAUGUGUUGGGUCAGUGGCAUCGCUGGACCUUCACGGACAUCAUGAUGAUAUUCAACCCCCGAUAUUCAAGCUCCCACUCCCCACCUUCUUUUAUUCCUCCAUUGCCACGUUCAAGCUGAUUGAGGAGUUAGUUUGCUGAUUCAACCAAAACCUGCAAUGUAACAUACUGUCUUCUGGUAGGACAAACAUUGUGCAAUUUGCAGCAAGUAGAUACCUGGAGUGAUUGUUUAUCAAACCUGGUGUUGCAUCCAUUGAUGGAAUAGAUUUUCCUUCUCUAUGCAUCCAACAUGUAACAUCUGUAGCAAGGAUGGACUGUUGCAGUUUAUCUCUGCAUGUGUGAUUCACUGCAGGGAAGGGCUGUUCAGCCCAUCUUGUCUGUGCCAGCUCUUCAAGUCUCAAUGCCUGGAAAUGUCUCCUCUCCCAGUAUUUCCCCUUUCUUUGUGUGAAAGCUCUUGAUGAAUCUGCUUCCACUGCCCCUUUUUCAGGCAGCAGGUGCCCGAUCACAGCAUUUAGGAUUCCCCAGGUUCUGCAAACUGGAGAACUGAUGGAAACCUGAACCUCGCAGCCUCCUGUCUUAAUUCUGCAGCAAGGAUGCCGGAACUAGGUUCUGAUUAGAGUGCUCUGACUGUUUGGUGCCUUGGACUCUUGUGUGUCUCAGCUGUGUUCAGCCGAACCGUGGGAAGUGGCGGAGAGGAUUGGAUGAGAAACCACCGCUUUUCAGAACCAAAGAAAACUCUUUCUACAGAGCUGGUUAAAAUGAGCCAAUGGACAUGUGAGGUUAUACAAAACUUUGCUGCCCAGUUCCACUGAGUCCCUUUCAUCCCUCACUGCAGUGCUUGCUACCUACACCAGGUCCUGUGUAUGUACACCUCCAUCUUAAAACUCCAUAGGUCCCUCUAUGGUCUUAUGCCCCUCCCUAUUCCUGUUUUCUUCUCCAACCUGAUAACAUCUUCACGUUCCAAGCCUAGUAUCUUGAUCAAAUACAAAUUUAAUUGCUCCACGAUUGGCAGAUGUGCCUUCAGCUGCUGAGACCUGAAGAUCUGGAAUCCCGUCCUGUGCCUCUCUACUUUAAGCCGCUCCUUAAAAACCUACCUCCUCAACCAAACGACAGGUCACCCUCCCCAGUUUCUCCUUGUGUGGUUUAGCAUCACGUCUUUGAUAGCUGUCUGUGAAGCCCUUGGGGACAUUUUCCUACAUUUAAAGGCACUUUAUAAAUGAAAGUUGUUGUUGUUGAAAGGUUCACGAGCUUUGUCAAUUCAUUCACGUGUGCAAAGAAAGUAGUGAGGAGCGGCAUAGAUCCCUAUGUUAUACCAGUAACAUCUCGACAACACUUCAGAUUCGAUGAAUGAUGCUUGAUAUGUGGCUGACAAUGACUUUGGAACCAGCUUGAGUAUUUUUUUUCACGAAUAGCCUUUCUUGAGAGAAUUGAAAGUUCUGGUCACGUUUCUUGGUUGACUUGUUCAGAUAACCCAGGAAUUGUAGAGUUCUGUUAAAAAUCAUUAAUUGAAUUCAUUUUGGUCCAAAGCCCUUUGAAAGUUCCAGAGUGAUGCUUUUCUUUCAGAUACACCUACCAAGUAAAAUAGUUCAAAUUAAAUGAGAAGGGCACUUUCUAAACAUGUCCACAGGAGCUUAAACCCAGUGCUACACGCAUACACAUGGAUAUACACACGCAGGUGCGGGCACACAUACAUCGGCACACACUUAGACACACAGCUUAAGUCGUUGGAAGAUAAAAUGGAUUGAUUAUCUGUGUGCCUAACCUGUCACAAUGGGACUGUUUUGACACAUUAACGGGUGUUAGGAAUUGUUAAAUGUAAUUCUAGAAAAGCUAAUAUAUAGGUUUGGUUACUUUGCAAGGAGGUGCAGUAACUGCGUGUAGAAGAUUUGCUUUGACCCUGUGCCAUUGGAACGCACAGUAGACUGUUGGAGUUGUCAUUGUUUUCUUUGCGGUGGAGUACUCUUUGGAUUAAAUUUGCAUUAUCUCCUUAUUGGCAAAUGGUUUCAUUGCAGCCUGUGUAUCAUUGUGGCCUGUGACUUGCUCAAGUGAAGAUUAGCCAGGGGAAUACAUAUGUGCCUGAAUUAAGGAGUUCAGAAUCCUUUAAACCUAAGUAGCCUUUCAUUUUUUCCUCUAUCUACAAGUUCCUUCUGUGUAAACAAAUGUUUAUUUUCGUGUGUGUCAGCUCACAUUUAUAAAAUAACUCAUUGAAUUUAACGUGCUUAUUUUCUGUGUUGUAAUGUGUAUGAAAUGGUAUUGUGGCUUUAAUUGAUUUAAACUAUGGUCAGUGGUUACUUUUAAUAUCACCUACAGCUGGCAAAUUUGAUAGACGUUUCUUUUUUUUUGCUUUAUUUCACUUACACUCCCUGAAAAAGUGAACUUACAUGGUUACUGUCAAAACUUUACACAAUAUUUCAAUCCCUGAGUCAGUGUUUCUGAGACAGUUAACCUGGUAAAUUUCAUGUUGCUGUUUGUGGGAGCUUGCUGUGCGCAAUCUCCCUGCCAUGUUACAUUAGGACAGUGACAACUACUUCAUUGGCUGUAAACUACUUUGGAAUGAACUGAAAGGGAUGUGAAAGAUGCUAUAGAAAUGCAGGCCACUUUAGUUUUUAAGCUGUCAUGUUCAGUAACUAAUCACAGCACGGUGAACACUGCCUUCGAAGUUUUGCAAUUGGUGUUUUUAAUUUUUAUUCCGAAAACACUGCUCAAUGUGGUCGGACGAGUUUGUAAUUUCUUAAUUUAUUCCAAGCACUUGCCUUGCGCAAAACUUUGUUCCUCCUGCAAACACAUCCCUAUCAAUCUUUCUAACUGACCCCAAAAAAUACUAUCAAAGAAGGAGAUGACACCAAACUUGCAAGCUGUACUAUGUUUUGUAUUGCUGUUAAUGUGCAGGUACCGGUACCUUUUUGGGUUAUAACCAUUUAAAAAUGUUGGCUUUGAUGUAAACUCAUCUUUACUAUGGAUAGUUAUAUGAAAUUUAUAGGGUAUUGUGUGCAGAGAAUCUUUUCCAGGUGCUUUGUAUAAAGGAUGUAUCUUAGCUUUCUUGGUACCAAUGUGUGAUAACCUAAUUAUCCAUGACAGUUAAGUGCAAUUAUUUGAUCAUCACUCUGAAACACAACUUUGUGUGUCCUUUACAGCAAAUGUUUGACACAUUUUAAUGACACAUUUUAAGGCCUUCCUAAUUAAAGUGGUAGACAUUUUGUAGCUUUCUAGAAACUUUGUAUUUGUAUUCAUACAGUAUAAAUCAACAAUAAAAAAAAGGAAAC